AUGGGAGAUGUACCGCCGCCUUCUGGUCCACCAGAAGACCACACUGUCUCAGAGACUCUGAAAAGUCACGGACCUGGCGCCGUGGAUGGUCAGUCGAGUCAUGUUCAAACAACCAGUCCUCAUCCUUUGGCCUAUCAGUCUCAGUACCAGCACCAACUCGACUCUCCGCAGCAUGCGUUUUCAGCACAGUUCGAUAUGACACAACCUCAGGGCGGUGGUCGCGGGGGCGCCCAAGGACCGUAUAACAUGGGCGCGAUGGCACAGGCGCUGCCACAGCAUGGGUUUCGACCUAGUCCCAACAGCAGCAAUAAUAAUGGUCAAGGUCGUUAUCAUAAUGGGGGUCCAUCACCCAGCGUCGCGCCGCAAAUCGCUGCAUCUUAUGGCGGACAAUCCAACAUGAAUCACCUGGCUGGGCAGCAGUACUACGUGCCUCAGCAUGCUCACAUGACGCCUUAUUACAGCAAUCACUUACCACACUCCCACCAGCAGUCCAACAUGUCUCCCCGGCAGCACAUGAACUACUACCCUAAUCAGAUCAUGAUGAACCAAGCACAACAGCAGGUACCUACCGGUUACUAUUACCCCCAUCCGAGUCAGUUCUCGACACAUGUUUCUCCAAUGCAUGGGCAGAUGAUGCAGAGCCAUUAUCUGCCAAUCGAUUCUCGAGGGCAAUCCGCUGGAGGAAGUCAGGAGCAAGCCGGGGCAGGGGCGUAUGCCGCUUCCGAUACGACUAUAGACACCCGAGCCAGUUCCAACGUUGUCCGUGGGCCUCCGCGAAAACCUCGCCAAAGCGGUCACGCCAUCUGGAUUGGAAAUCUCCCGCCGCAAACCGAUCUCAUGAGCCUGGUGUAUCACGUUUGCAGCGAAGCUCCAGGUCUCCAAUCCUUGUUCCUUAUAUCGAAAAGCAACUGUGCCUUUGCAAAUUUCAAGGAUGAGCAGACCUGCAUUCGGGCGCAGCAGAAGCUCCACGACUCCAAAUUCCAAUCCGUUCGAUUAGUCAGCCGCUUGCGCAAAAGCACCGUUGAAGGUACAUCAGGUCAGACAGCCCCGACUGGACCCUCGGCUGGUUCACCGGGCGCACCAAGUGCGCCGAUCGUCGAACCCUCGAUUACUCCCCAAGCAUCGACAGCGACGCCGGCCGACGAGCCCAAGCCCAGUCAAGAGGUUCAGCCACAGCCAGGUGUAGUCGCCCAGGCAGAAGAGGUCCAGCAAAAGGACAAAUUCUUUGUUCUCAAGAGUUUGACAGUGGAAGACUUGGAAUUAAGCAUCCGGAAUGGUGUAUGGGCCACUCAGUCGCACAACGAGGAGGUACUGAACAAUGCCUUUAAAGCAGCCGAUAAUGUGUACCUGGUCUUCUCCGCGAACAAAUCUGGCGAGUACUUUGGCUAUGCAAGGAUGGUGUCGCCUAUAAAUGACGAUCCCGCAGCUGCGAUUGAAUUUGCGCCGAAAGCACAAGCCACAAACGAUCUAGAUUUGCCAAAAGCCAUCCCCACCGAGGCUACGGACAGCUGCCCGCGCGGCAACAUUAUAGAUGACUCAGCACGGGGGACUAUAUUCUGGGAGGUCGAGCGCGACGAAAACGAAGCACCAAACGAAGACGAUUCCGAAGAUAAUGCCAGUGCACGCAGCGAGCAAGAGGGAGAAGGGGCGCCCAAGUCUUGGGGUAAACCGUUCAAGCUGGAGUGGCUGUCCACAACCAGGUUGCCGUUCUACCGCACCAGGGGUCUGCGGAACCCGUGGAACUCCAACAGAGAAGUCAAAAUUGCCCGCGACGGAACGGAGCUGGAGCCUUCUGUCGGACGAAGACUUAUUGGGCUCUUCAACAGGGUACAAAGUCCAGCGCCUCUGUCCAUGGGGAUGCGCCAGGGGAUGCCGAUGGUGGCUGGCUACCCUCCGCCGCCCGCCAUGCGAGCACCAUACCUGCCUCCGCAGUGA